GAGAGAGAGAGAGAGAGAGAGCGAGAGGACAGUGUGCGCGCGGGACAGCAGCACACCGGCCGGAUCCGGGAGUUGCAAGCAUGGAGAUCCGUCCAGACCGCUUUAAAGCUGCUGCAGCAAAAACCUUAGGAAAAGUAAACAGGAUCCUUGAGAAGCGCCAAGCAAAUGGGGAGACCAUCGAGCUGUCGGCGGAGGGCAGGCCGGAGCUGGUGGAGGAGAAAGAACUCCCCAUCGUGGACUGCACAUGCUUCGGCCUGCCGCGCCGAUACAUCAUCGCCAUCCUCUCCGGCCUGGGCUUCUGCAUUUCCUUUGGCAUUCGCUGCAAUCUGGGCGUGGCCAUCGUCAGCAUGGUCAACGAGCACACCGUUUUCCGUGGAAAGAAGCCUAUAAUAGAGGCUGCUCAGUUCACGUGGGAUCCAGAGACAGUGGGGAUGAUCCACGGCUCUUUUUUCUGGGGUUAUAUCGUCACACAGAUCCCGGGCGGAUUCAUCUGUCAGAAAUUUGCAGCCAACAGAGUGUUUGGCUUUGCGAUUGUCGCCACGUCCACUCUGAACAUGCUGAUACCGGCUGCGGCACGAGUCCACUAUGGAUGUGUCAUAAUGGUCAGGAUAUGCCAGGGUCUUGUGGAGGGGGUAUCAUAUCCAGCUUGCCAUGGAAUCUGGGCCAAAUGGGCUCCGCCCCUUGAAAGAAGUCGAUUGGCCACAACAGCAUUCUGUGGUUCCUAUGCUGGUGCUGUGGUGGCCAUGCCUCUAGCUGGAGUUUUAGUGCAGUAUACCGGAUGGUCCUCUGUGUUUUAUGUAUACGGUAGUGUUGGGAUACUAUGGUACAUGUUCUGGAUCUUAGUGUCCUAUGAGAGUCCUGCUGUCCAUCCUACCAUCACUCCUGAGGAGAGGAAAUACAUUGAGGAGGCGAUUGGAGAGUCGGCAGGACUGGUCAACCCCCUUCAGAAAUUUAAAACACCCUGGCGUCAUUUCUUCACCUCCAUGCCAGUGUACGCCAUCAUCGUGGCUAACUUCUGCAGAAGCUGGACCUUCUACCUUCUCCUCAUCAGCCAGCCCGCCUACUUUGAGGAGGUGUUCGGCUUUGAGAUCAGCAAGGUGGGGUUGGUGUCUGCACUCCCUCACCUGGUGAUGACCAUUAUAGUACCAAUAGGGGGGCAGCUGGCUGAUUACCUUAGGACCCACAACAUAAUGACCACCACGAACGUCCGCAAGCUCAUGAACUGUGGAGGAUUUGGAAUGGAGGCCACUCUGCUGUUGGUGGUGGGUUUCUCCCAUACAAAAGUCAUCGCUAUAUCAUUCCUCGUACUAGCUGUUGGCUUCAGUGGAUUCGCUAUCUCAGGCUUCAACGUGAAUCAUCUGGACAUAGCACCGCGAUACGCCAGCAUCCUGAUGGGCAUUUCUAAUGGAGUGGGCACUUUAUCCGGCAUGGUGUGCCCCCUUAUAGUGGGAGCCAUGACCAAACAUAAGACACGUGAAGAAUGGCAGUAUGUGUUCCUCAUCGCAUCACUGGUUCACUAUGGUGGCGUGGUCUUCUAUGGUAUAUUCGCAUCAGGAGAGAAACAGCCCUGGGCAGACGCCGAGGACACCAGCGAGGAGAAGUGUGGCAUUCUGGGAGAAGAUGAGCUGGCCAAUGAGACGGAAGAGAUGUACAGGACGGGUGGGCAGUACGGAGCUAUAAACCAACCGAAUCCUGCGGGGCCUAACGGGGGCGGGGCCGGGGGAGGAGGGGGUUGGGUCUCAGACUGGGACAAAACAGAAGAAUAUGUACAACCAGUGGGGAGGAAUAGCUAUCUUUACGGAGGAGAGGAAGACCGGGAGCUCACAUAGUGUCAGACAUAGAGAAAGUAGAUACUUUAAUGUGAGAAAGAAUUGAUUUAACAUGUAGAAAAAUGAGAAUUAUAGUGAAACGGCGGUCCACAGUAAAAUGUGCAGUGUGAAAUGCGCUCUAAUUGAACACAGUAGAUUUUACUGUGUAUAGACAGUGAGUGUGUGAUGAUGAGUGUGUCUGUGGGCAAAUUAAUGCAUUUGUGAGUGUGUUGAAAGGUGUGAAUGUAGGAAUGUGUGUGAAUUUGUUUUUGUGAUUGUGAGUGUGUGAGUGUGUGUGUGUCAGUCCGGAUAAUGAUGGUGCUGUGUUUUAACUUCAGUAUUUUAGGCUUUCUGCCAAAAUUGCUGUAAUGCACUUAAUAUGAAGAUGAAUUUCAGAUAUGUACUGAAUGCAUAGGUGUUUGUGUGUGUGUGAGAGAGAGAGAGUGAGAAAGAGAGAGAGAGAAUAAGUGUGUAUUUUUUCUUUGCUGUGCACAGUUCCUUGUGUUUCUAUGCUUUAUAUGGUAAAAGAGUGUUCAUGUUUUCAGAUGGAUGAAUGUGUAGCCAACAUGAUCAAAGGUGGAUGUGCUAAUAUUAUAAUAUUGUGUGUGUGUGUGUGAGAGAGAGAGAGAGAGAGAGAGAGAGAGAGAAAGUAAGAGAGACCAUGGCCAAACCUGUCUCCAUCUCUUUAUGUCCCCUAUCUGUCUACCAUGAUAAUAGUAUGGAUAGUAUGGAGCACCCACCACCAUGUUUUCAAGGUUGUCCAUGACUCCUACUAUCCAUUUUUGGACCUUCAGCAAAGGCAGUUCAGCUUUAUAAGCACAACCUCCAGACUAGUUCAGUCUACACUUGCAAACAAAUUGUUGCUUUUGUAGAAAAACCUUGUACCAUCUGAACAGCAACUUUAAUGGUAUACGACAUGGAAAUUUUUUUUGAUAUAGUAUGUAUAUCUUAUUUAUACACUUUAUUUGUCUUUCUAAAUUGUUAUGCAGACAAACAGAUGAGGUCUGUAUAGUUCAUAUCACCCAUAAAGCCAAAAAAAGCUUAUUUACUGUAAACAAAUAAAUCAGCUUUUUGCUGAUCUAGCCACUCCAGAGGGUCAUAUUCUAUUGGUAGUACACAUCUGCAGGGAUUAGACAAGCUGGGUGUGUGCAUUUGCACAUUUGUGUCAGCAAUGUAUGCAGCUUAAAGUAGCUGAAUGAUUAUUCCUUAAGAAUAACGUGGAAUUUGAAACAAUGUAAUAAAAAAUAAUUGUGGUAAUUUUUCUAUAUAUACACUCAAAAUUGACAUACAUAUCACUAUUAUUUGUUAUACAGAAUAUCUGUAUGCAGAUGUAUAUUUGUUAAAAGAACCACAUAUGGUGAUCCAAACAAUGUAACAGGAAACUGACAUACAUUACAAAUAGGGUAAAAAUGUAGGUAUAAUGUUUUCAUUUGUUUAUGUAUGUUUAUUUUAUUGAUUUAUAUGCUUUUUGAUGGAAAGUAAAUAAAUAAACUCACAGGUUUUAUGUGUGUUUGUUUGUGUAAGAGUGUGUGUGUGUGUUUGUGUGUGCGUGUGUGUGUGAGUGAGUGUGUGAGUGAGAGAGAGAGAGAGAAAGAGAGAUAAAAGAAAAAAAAAUAUUAAAGUUUAAUGUGGAGCACAGCAAUCAUUUUUAAUAAAUAUAUUUAAAUAUAUAAGAUAUAAAACAUAUUUCCUUAAAGUAUAACAAUAAUGAACAGCUACAAAUAUCUGUUUGUUAUGUGUUUAUCAGAUUUAUGCAGGGAGUUCAGGGAUCAAAUGUAAAUGAAUGAGAUUCUGGCCUCCUCAAUUUGAUGUUGUUUCUACUUUUUGUUGUUUUGGUUGGUUUCUGUGCUCCUUACCUAAAGUUCUUGUUCUUUUUCAUGUAUGCAGUGUAUGUGAUGAAUAUGUGACAAGGUUAAUACAUUUUUUGGGGAUGAAAAAAAGACUGAAAUUAUAUCUAUGAACUGUACAUGUGAAAUUUCCCUGUGUACAAAUAAACUAAUGAAAGCUA